AUGGAGGCGAAACCAGAUCUGCCGGUACUACCCAAAAGUACCCGGGGGGUAUCGGCGCUCUCUAGCAUGGAGAUACUGCAGCGUUUGUUUAGUUCAGUGCGCGAGAAGAAGCAAGAGUUGCGGCAGGGCAACUCCUCGCUGCUUCACCAUGACAACGUGCCUGCUGACAAUACCCUGAGCAUCCGACAGAUCAUGGUCAGGCAGAGCAGGCUCAAGGGGGUCAUCCAGAGGACUCGUAUUGAAGACGUGGGCGACGAAAAAAAAGACGCGACGACGGAACUGCAGAGGAUCCUGGAAGAAUCCCCCCAGGAGUACAUGCAAGCGUGGCAGAGGAGGAUGUGGAAGUGCAUUAGACUCAGGGGGUAUACUUUGAAGGGAGAAAACUCUUAG